CCCUUGAUAUUUUCCCCCAGAAUUUAUUUAUGUGAUUAUUCAAGGCAAAGGAGUUGUUGAAUAUGGCUAUUCAUGUGGCGCAUCCAUCAGUGCGAAUGAAAGGCGCUGAGGCAGACUGGACGCCCAUACAAUGCACAGACAGGGAGUGUAGCCACUCCUUGAUGAAGGCUCCGCAUCUGCACUGUCCAUUCUGCUCCCAGGACAGUCUCUUCACUGAUGAGAUUCUCCUCAAGGCGCACUACAGGGUCAAGCACGUGAAUAAAGGCAUCAACUUUGGGGGUCUUAAAAUAUUGCGGUGUUGUAGAUCCUGCAUCGUCCACGGCAUCAUUCACGGCCUACGUCCCCUGCUGGGAUGGCGAGUGUGAAAAUCUACGUUGCACCCAUGAAGAAGCAACGACCAACGAAGACAGGGAUAAAGCAGCCAAUGAUCUUUUCGGUAUGCUCUAUGAGAAAUGAAGGCAGAGAUGGACAGAGACUGUGGAAUAGAUGGAUUUCACCCAUUCCAGCUGUCGGGCAUGGCAAACCAUCAACAACUCACGGGUAGGUCCACAACCCCAACACAAUGUCCAAUUACUGCAAAUUCCAUCGUGUAUCAGCUGUUGAGCAACAGUCGCUUCCCCAACAUGAACAAGAACUUUACUAGAAUCACGUCGGCGAGAGUCAAGGAGCUGCGCCAUGCGCAGGGGUGUGAUCCCAACCUUUCUGGUGACUUCACGGCACACAAACUCCAGUUGGCCAUCCAACGGCUAGAGACCGGCAAGGCUCCAGGCUGUUUGCCAUGCACGCCCACAAGCUGCUCACGACAUCGGCAGAUGUCUCUAAGGCCGCCUGGGUAAAACCAGCUGGAGAGUCUGGUGGACCUCAGCAGAACCAUCUACCUAGGCUACACCGCUUCAUAAACGACCCUAAGGAUGUGUGCGGUCAAGACCUCCCACGAAAGCAGUGGACGACCCUCAACCAUCUGAGGACUGGAGUCGGACGCUAUGGUACUUCCAUGAAAAGCUGGGGAUUGGCAGACAGCACUUCCUGCGACUGCACAGAACCAAUCCAGACAGUAGACCACAUCAUCUCCACCUGCCCAAAACACCGGCCGCCUGAUCAACCUGGAGGAUGACACACUGGCCUGGCUCACCUCGACAGAGCUGCAAGUCUAAGGACAUACAUGUACAACAGAAGAAGAAGACCUAAAUUAACAACGCAAUCUCCAGGUGCGUCUUGCACGACAUCACGCAGAUGUCAACCAGAUCUUCACCACAUACACCGACCCAGCACCCAACAGUGCCAGCCUGGUAACACACCUCAUAGUCCCCCAGUCACAGCAGCCAUCGGAGACGGACACAUCAUCCCCGAGCUAUGAGCAGACUGACGGGCAGCAGCCGCAGAUCGAGUACCAGUACGCCUGCAUCAAUGAUCCCAGCCAGAGCACUGCCAAUGGGGAAGAUAAGAUGUUGUUCUUAUUGAGAUACCAGACGAAGGAAGCAAAGGGGAUUUGGAGGACGAGACUUGCUACACAGAGCACAACUUGUCGCAGCUGCUGCAGGAGAAGGAACGUCUGGAGAAGACUCUUGAGGAGGAGCGGACCACGUGGGCCCAGACAGAGCACAGGAUGAAAGGCAAUAUAGAAAGGCUUUGUACAAAGGUUGAGUAUUUGUCCAACACAAACACGUCACUCAAGCAGCAGCUGUCCAUGAUGCACACGUCCAGUUUGAAACGUCUGACCAACGACAGCGAGAACCAGUCCAUUUUGCAAGAGUUACUGCAACACAUGUCUGAGGAGCACACCCAGCUGCUGCACCACCAUCUAGCAUCGCUGCGGCUGUACGCUCAGGCCUGCGCAUUAUCCAAACCAACCCCCGAGGAAUCUGCAGCUGAAUCUGCAGUCUUGGUACCAGACCUGACCGACCAAUCACAGGACAUCUCACACAUGGCCAUGAUGUCGUCCUCGGAGGGCACCCUUGGGAACAUGGAGCAGACAGUCGUCAUGACGAUAACGUCUGAGGAGGAUUCGGAGCCGCUCGGCAACAUCGUGGAUAACCCCGGAGAUAAUGUGGGACAUGACUCCUUGACUUUGGAUAAGGACGUUCACUUGUCACCAAAUACAUUCUGUACCAACUGACAAGCAAGGGACUGUCACCAAGACAUGCCACCUCUGAGUCAGGUCUCGUUUAUCAAUCAGGUAGAACUCAUCCACAUCACAACACACCCUGUGAUGUCACGCCACAGGAUUUUCACAAGAACAAAAGUUUGAAAUUGAUCUUUCCAGCAGCACGCCAAAAAUAUUCUGCCCCGACGGCUUCGACAAGAGAACGUUUGAAGACGACAUGUCAAAUGAGAGACCACCAUUAAAACGUGGGAGAACUAACAGCCUGAAAGCCACUUAGCUAAAUAAAACCUGACAUAUUUUGUAAACAGUGUACACCCAGUGUUGUCUUAGGGCUCAGUUGGGGGGGGGGGGGACUUGAA